CCGCAACUGGUGGCUCUACAAAAUUUGAAAUUCCAGAGGAUAUAGAUUCAGCAUUGAAUAGAAUGAAAAACUGCGGCGUUAUAGCAUUUGGAUUGUUUGUGGACGGCUUUGUAGUCUUUAUAGACGAAGAAUGCAGUGACCAAGUACACACAGAGACUACCGAAUAGAUAAUAAACCUUUGCAGCAAUCGGCCCGACUUCAAAAUACUUUCUAAAGUGAUAAAGGUUUCACAAGACUUUUUGACAGACACGGGUUUAGAGCAAGGCCAUAAACUCAUAAAUGGAUCCGAAUGGGGCUCUAUAGGAAUGGUUACAAGAGCAACUAAAAAGCCGAUCGCCACGGAGACAACCAAAGAAGCAGGUGGACCGACACAUUCAGAACAGGAAACUCCUAAACACAUCGUCGUGGCUAUUACUGCAGGUCAUCUUUUCAAAGAAAAUGAUGACGCAUUUUUCGUCAGAAAUGACAAAAAUGAGAAAUUCGGGAAAUGCCUUGCAAAACUACAUCGCAAAGGACACAUUUCAACAAAGAAAUAUGACAUCGCCGUAAUAGAACUCGACGAGAACAUGAAAACAAGCGAAGAUUGCGAUGCUAAAUUCAGAAACGAAAAUGGUGAAUCAUGUGACGGUGUUUUGUUCAAAGGCACUCUUGCAUCUGGUACUGUUAUGUACAAAAAAGGUGCUGCAACCGGAAUGAGUGCAGGAGUUGUGGUCAGUCCAGAUUUUCGACUAGUUGGACAUGACGAUACGCAGAAGGGUUAUCUGAUCAAAGGGCGCGAUGAUCGUGAUUUCGCUAAUCUCGGAGAUAGCGGUUCUAUUGUAUUUACGUUAGACACUAAUGACGAGGAAAAUAGAACCGUCAAUCUAGUAUCGAUUGUUACAAAAACGUUGUCAAAGGAUUUGGCCAGAAUACCUGAGAUUCCCGGAACUCUCGCCUACAUCGUCCGCCUUGACAGGUGUCUUGAACAACUGGAAAAGCUCACUGGUGUAGCCGUGCAUAUGCCUAAAAAGUAG